AGUGAUUCAGUCAUGACUGACACGCGGUUGAGACUCGAGUAGAAAUUUCUCUUAUUAUCUAGACUUGGACUUGAUCUCCUCGCAUAUUUCCGCUUUGGCGUAGAUAACAGUUAUGUGCAGUUCCGAGUUUCCAAGUUCUUAGGUAUAAGAUCUAUCAUGAUCGCAUUACCGGCAGCCAUCAUCACCCCGUCUCUCUUGUCGUCUAUCAGGAGGCACCCAAAUCUGCCGAAAAAUACGUGGUACUUCAUUGCGGCUACUACUCUGUCUAUACUAAACCGGCCUGAUGAGAUACACAAGGUAUAUAAGCAUGCCAUAGACAAUGGACCCGGCCAUAUCGAUAUCGCCGCCAGCCCGGACGAGCAGCUCGGCAUCACCCGCCGGAUGCGCGAGGCGCUGGUCAAGGCUGCCGCAAUAGGCGGUUUACCAAAGACUAUCAACUCUCUUCUGGAACUGAAGAAAGCCACCCCGGAGCAUCUGAUUGAUGAGCCGCUCGGCUGCUCUCCGACGAUGCGAUCAGUGGAUGUCUACGACGUGCCGUCAUCGCAGAUACUCCACCGUGGGCAGACCUACUUCGACAAGGUCUACGGCAAGGUGUCCAAGAGGGUCAUGGGCCAGAUGGACAGGUCCGGGACGGAGGACUUGGGCCUCACAGCGCGAUUGAUGUACGGCUAUAUCCUCAGCAACACGCAGGUGUUGACGCCGGUCGAGACGUCUUUUGUCCUGAUAGCCGCGUUGAUACCGCAGGAUGUGAAUCCGCAGCUGAAGGGUCACUUGAAAGGUUCUCUCAACGCGGGUGCGACGGUGGAGGAGGUGAAGGCAGUGCGCAACGUGGUUAUGGAGAUAUGUGAGGUAUCGGGGAUGGUGAUGCUCGACAAGAGUCAUCCUGGUGGUUGGGGAUGGAGAACCGAGGUGGCCAACGUCUGAUCCUCAGCCGCUGGGCUCUGGUCUCUCAAGCGAUGCUGAUGGAAUUCUACCGCGAAUGAAUAUGGCCCAUGAGCAGCAGUGCUGCCUUCACAAGUCCUCGGCUAGUUUGAAGCAAGAUUCUCAGGCUAUCCUUGCGGCAGUCAGAGCCACUUAGAAAUAGAUGCUCGACUUUGAGCGGACUAGACCUACCUCCUUGUUUUAUACUCUAGAUUUUACUAUGCAUAGUAUACUCGUCUAAAAGACUGAUGGUGUUUUACUCGAGUUGAGAAGCCAAAGAGGCAGGCCUAGGCCCAGUUCAGAGAACUGUGGU